AUGAUGAAGCCUCUGCUGAUCCCCUUGACCUACUUCUGCCUUCAAACCUGGCUGGGAAUCCCUCAGGCAAAAUGCCAGGUGGAGCUGAGCAUGAUGGAUGACGCUUUUGAUGACCAGUAUAUAGGAUGUGCUGAAAAAAUGGAUGAACUUGCUCCUGGACUACUAGAAAAAGAAAAAUCCAUGUCCUCAGUGUUUAGCAGGGUCUGGGCAGCCUCAGAAAAUAAAUGGCAAAGUGUAAAAACAAAGCUUUCACUCCCCAAAGGCUUUAAGGAUGAGCAUGGAAAAGCCAUAAUAGCCUAUACUGACAAUGUCUUUCACAGUGAGUUUAACGGGGCAGUGAAAAUGGCUGGGACAUCUCGAGCUCAUUACAUGACCAGUUUCCAGUACAAAGCCUUUCAUUAUUACUUGACAAGAGCUUUACAGCUCUUACGAGGGAAGUGUGAUAUGAUGUACAAAACAAUGCUGUACCGGGGGACUUCUGUCAGUUUUCAGCACACGGGAUCAAGUGACAUCAGAUUUGGACAAUUUGCCUCUUCGUCUUUUGAUAUAGAAGUAGCUAAGGGAUUUGGCACAGCCACAUUGUUCACCAUCCACACGUGCUUUGGUGUUGACAUCAGGAGCUUCUCACACAUUCCGGAAGAGGAAGAAGUGUUAAUCCCAGUCCAUGAGAUAUUCAGCGUGGUCCAAGGACAAGGGAGUAAGAGCUUUGUCCUCCGGAGCACAAACCGGACCUGCAGCCAUUUUAACUGCGCGUACCAGGACGGAGAAAAGGACCAAAGAUGCGUUUACAACUCUGCUACCAGAAGAGGCCUGGCUUUCCCCGGUGUUCUGAGCCCGUCACUGUUUGGAGGAUCAGUCUUCCUGAUCCACGCUGCUGCUCUGAAGCUGUUUGCCUGUUUCUAAAUUGUCCUAUUUGGGUUGAUCACUUUUUCUCUCUAACACAAAUCAUGGUGAUGGGAUUUGCCAGGUCCAAAGCUGCCCUGCUAUUCUGCCAGCGUUCCAAAGGGAAACCAGGAACAUGGAGGGAGUGUUGCUGGUACCUGCUUGCGCAAGCUUUGAUUAUACGCUACUGAUGAGUAGAUUAAAAUGCAUGUUAGAUAAAUAAUGACUUGUAUUC